CCUAAGAGGGGUUACAGAGACAUGACAGGGAGUUUAGCUAACAUUUGUUCUCUCUGAGAUGACUAUGGAAGUGAUAAAAAUAGUAUUACAAUAAGUAUGGGAUAUAAAAACAAUAACACCAUGGAUGCAAAGAGAGCAUACUGCCCUGGAGCCUCAGGGAACUUGACAAAACAAUUUCUUGUUCAAGAUCACAUGCUUGCACAUUACAAGAAGGUAUACACUGCAAAGGCUGCUGUGGAUACAUCAGCACCAAAAAGCAUGCAAAGUAGCAUCAAAUACACUGACCAAAAGCGUCGAGAGCGGUUAAAAAGGGAGACAUCUCAGCGAUCGUCACCCUCCAGGUCACUGAGGAGCAGAGAAUCAUGCUCCUCAAAAGCUAGCAGGACCUCUCUCCAAGCAGACGAGGAUGGCUGCCAUUACUUGGGGGGCUCUGUGAUGUCCUCGCCUAGGCUCAACACUUCAUUCCAUAUCAGAGAUAUUGUAUACCCGCCCCAAACCACGGCUGGGAGCACCCACAACACCCAUCGCUAUGCCUCCGAAUUCAACUACCGAGACAACCCUCAGAGGCACCAGUUCCUCAGGUCUUGUGGUACCACUGGCAGCCAAAGUGCAUUCAAAACUUUCCAGGACCCAGUUCAGAAGACAUACAGCGGAGACCUUAUGCUCAAGCACUCCAAGCAUUUCAAGCCCGAAAAGCCCUUCACACCCCGCACGUUGAAGAAGGAUAGCAAGUCCUACCUGUCCCAGUACCGCUUCUACACCCCCCCGCGGAGGAAACAGUCAGAGGAGACGAGCCCAAGGCUGGUGCAGCAGGACUCAACUCGUGGAAGCUCUGAAGCGAAGGACAACUUAGCUGCAGAAUGGGAUCUGCCACAGACAUUUGACCUUGAGUCUGAAAUACUUGAUGAAGACACCAGUCUAUAUGGGAAACACAGCAAAGUGAACAAGACAAAAGGCAACGGUUUUCUUUCAUCGUCCAGAAUGUCUCCAGAUGGAACCAAGUCUCCCAUCAUGCGGAAGGUGAAUGAAGAGGAAGAAGAGUUGCUCUACCUGGAGUUUAUUGCAGAUGUGACAAAUGAAAUCUUGACGUUGGGGCUGUACAAUGACCGAGUAUUGAGAAGGGUAUUUCGGCGUCAUAUUGAAACAAAUAAGCAUCGCCUGGAUGAGGAUAAAAUGCGCCACCUUCUGGACAUUUUGCAUCAUGAUAUUCAGAGUCCCUCAAAUGCCUCCACUUUUUGUGUACACCCUGCAAAAAAGCAAAGAGAGAAGGACACAUUUUCACAAGACGUCCCAAGCUUUAGUUCAGAUUUAACAACGCAGCCUAAAUUAGUGCACAGACCUUCCUCCUCCACCAUGUUUGACCGAGACCUUGAGUCACUGGGAAAGAGGAAUCGUUUAGUAGUUUCCACUCCUUUGCAACGCAGCCCAACCAGCAAUACAUCCUUUAGUCUGCAAGGAGAGACCGAAGAUGGCAAUUUAAGGUAUAGCCUAAGCAGCAGCUCACAUGCUCUGGAUAGAGGGACAGAAGAUCAAUCAUUCAAAUUUGAUCUAACCAGCUACAGUUCGCAUGCCCUGGACAGAGAGACGGAAGAUGGACCAUUAGAUUUGAACCUAGCGAGAUACAGUUCAGAUGUUCUGGACAAAGAGACAGAAGAUGAUCCAUUAGAUUUUAACCCAGCAAGGUACAGUUCAGAUGUUCUGGAUGGAGAAACGAGGAAAAGUAGCCCAACAGAUUGUAGCUCACCUGGUCUGGAUAGGGAAACCGAAGAUGGUCAAGAGCAGCAAAAUAUCAGAGAAGAUGAUUUGUCACCUGAAACUGAGCACAACCAUCUGACUCCUGAGGAGAAUGAAGCUCUUCAAUCCACAGAGGACAAUAACGAACUCUCUGGAGAGCUGGAGGAACUUGGAUUAAACAUGGCGUCUCUGCAUGUGUCUCAGACACCACCAAAGGCAAUUAAGGAUGAACAAGAUUUUAGCAUAUUUAGUGACGAUGAGUUUUGACUAAAGUAUUAUGAUGUAGCAGACAUUAGGUCAACUCAACACUGCACUGAAAGCACACACAGUUUUGGAGUUUUUGUUAAUAAGGUUUUUGAGGUUUUAUUCCACAGUUUUCAGACAUCAGUAAUAGUAGCUGUAUGACCCAUACUCACUUCGGUCAUGAGUAGCCUACAGAGGACAGUGCUUGUACUGUAUGCAACAACACAAAUGUGUUGUACAUGAACAGUGUGUCAUCUUCACAGCGUAUGAGUUUUAUUUAGCUGUAUUCUCUGUGAAAGAGGAUCUCUAGCCAUUGAAGAGAUCACAGUAUUUUUGUAGCCUUUUUCAUGUCAACAGGAAAAUAAAAUAUUUUAUAUUUCAA